CACAUAAUAAUCUUCUUGGCUUGGAUGGAGAUAAGAUCAAGAGCUAGACUCCUCCGUCCUCAUCCCCUGUCUUGAUUCUCUAUAAAUCCACCGGCGUCUCAGCUCUCUCCUCGACGAGGACGAAUAACAGUGCAACGAAGAAAUACUCUGCUUUGGAUCAAAGAAUCAAGAACAGAGAUCGGAGAAUCGAUGGCUGCUGCGUUUGCGUCCACGCCGGCGGUGAUGUGGUCGGCUCGCCCGGAACGGGUGGCCGUCGCUCGGCGGUGCGUGGUGGCGCGGGCGUCCGCGACGAUGGCGGCACCGGCGGCGCUGGCGGCGGGAAAGACGCACUACGAUGUGCUCGGCCUGGGCGCAGGGGCGAGCAGGGGUGAGAUCAAGGCGGCUUACCGGCGCCUCGCGAGGGAGGUGCACCCGGACGCCGUCGGCGGCGGCGGAGACGACGGGUUCAUCCGGCUGCACACAGCCUACGCCACGCUCACCGACCCCGAUGAGCGCGCGCGGUACGACCGGGACGUGACCAGCCGCGCCGCGGGGAUGACGAUGCGGCGGGCGUCGGCGACGACCCGACCAGCCUUCCGGCGGCGGACGUGGGAGACGGACCAGUGCUGGUAGGACGUACGGCCGGGCAAACGCGGCUGCCUUCCGUGGGCUCUGAGCCCCUGGCCGGCGGCCGCCCGGUUCGCUCAGGCACGGCGCUGGCGGAAAGUUCCUGGCGACUAUCUUGUAACGUACGAUCAGGAUUGGACGUCCCAGAUUGGGUGAUGCGGACGCGGCAGCUCUGUACACAGCAAGAGGCGUUUUUUAAAGAUCUCUUGUGCUUCCGGUCAGCAAAAUGCAAAUAUGUAAAUUAAUUAGUUUUUUGCGGGUAAAUUAAUUAGUUAACUACUGCAAAUUAACAGCCAAGGAAUAUAUAGUAGCUCUCUUUGUAAUAGAAGAAACUAGUUAACUCCAUGUCGGUUGUUUCUUCUUUCAAAGUUGUCUCUUCUCUUCUAGAGGUAAUCAAUUAACAGAGUACAAAAGUGUAAAAAGAAAAUUGGUCCAUGUGAGUCAUUUCUUCUUCUUCUUCUUCUUCUUCUUCUUCUUCUUCUUCUUCUUGGUUAUGACAAAUUGAUGCAAGACACACCUCCAACUAAAGACGAAACAAGGUUGCGCCCCGCUAUAUUAAUAUAGACAACCCCGAUACAACAACGAUAGGUGCUAGGGCGGAAGCAGUACAGUCACAUCCAAAAAAACGAAAAAGAAAAUACAAAAAGGAACAAAUGCCGACAACGAUGGAUCAAUAAAAACGAAGAAGCCUCGUGACCGUUGCGCCCACAGUGGAUCUUCCACCACGCUCCUGUACUCUAAAGCGCCGGUAUCAAUCAACACCUCCAAGAAGGGACGCGACAAUGACGACGCUGAUG